CUGGGACUGGGACUCGGAGCACAGGGUUGUGUUGUUAGUGUUGGUGUCGAGCAAGUUGGUUUAUCAGGCCGAGAAGCGGUGCUUUCAGAGCGGACAGGAUCCUGACGGGAGUCGCGCGGAGCCUCUUCUUCGGAGUGUAACACAUAAAGCACCAUGGGGAAAGGCUGCAUGACAGCGAGCAAGUACUUCUUGUUCCUCUUUAACCUCAUCAUCUUUCUGUUCGGGGCCGCCAUCAUGGGCUUUGGACUUUGGCUUCUCCUGGACAAUCAGAGCUUCAUCGUUGUCCUGAAUAACUCCUCAGGUGUGAAGUUGGCCUGCUACAUUCUGAUAGGAGUCGGGGCUUUCUCCAUGCUCCUAAGUUUCCUCGGGUGCUUGGGGGCCAUUUAUGAGAUCCGCUGUCUGCUGGGCCUGUACUUCACCUGCCUCCUGCUGAUCCUUAUUGCUCAGAUUGCAGCCGGUGUCCUACUUUACUUCCAGAAGGAUGUGGUAAAUGAAGAGCUGUCCAAGAUCAUCAACAAGGUUCUGGACGACUACCCUGGAAAGAACUCGUCCACAGAGCAGGCCCUGGAUUUCAUCCAGAGGAAUAUGGAGUGCUGUGGCUGGAUCGGUCGUAUGGAUUGGAGCGGUAACAUGGUCAUCAUCAACAGCUCCCAGCUGCUGUUUCCUUGCUCCUGCCAGAACAUCUCACUCGUUGUUGGAAACUUCUCUGGCAGUGGAUUCUGUGAGGCUCAGACGCCUGACUGGCCUGUAUAUGAUGUGGGAUGUGCUGCCAGCGUGGAGAGAUGGCUCCACACCAACAUUGCGGUUGUGCUCAGUAUCUACCUCGGAGUGGCUCUUAUUGAGCUGCUGGGGAUGAUCCUGUCCAUCUGCCUGUGCAGGAACAUUCCCAUGGAGCUGUAUACCAAAGUGCCAAAGAACUGAAGCUCAGCAGAGGAAAUUACAAUACCGAACUGAAGGAACACAACGAGGGAGCAAAGUAUUUGGUGAAAUUGUACCCAAAUGUAAAAUAAUGAAAUGUCUUUUUUCCUUUUAUUUUGUUAGAUUUUUCCUCCAGUUUUAUUUGAGCACUUUAGAAACUUGUAGUUUUGAACUUUGGAUCAGAGCAAAGCUGAAAAAUUCUGAGGGGAAAUUGGAUUAGCAGAGCUUAACAAAGAAGAAGUUGAUGAUGGCGGAUUUCCUUCCCUGCCCAGAUAUUACAAGCUCUCAUGCUCAGAAUACAGCGUUGCUGGUUUCCAUACUGUCACUUUACUGCAGCAUGCUUUUAGUUUCCCUUGAACAUCUGAAAGUAAAUCCUGUUUGUCUGUAAUAGUGCAGCAGAAAACUGAAACAAUCUUUCAACAAGUGAUGCCGCACAAACACCGCCCCCCCCAUGUUUUAGCUGAUUCGAACGUUGUUCGUCUCACAAACGCGUCACUCUCCAAACACUGAAUCACUGAGGUAACUCACAGGUCCUGUUGUCCAUGCCCAUAAUUUUCCUUUGACCUUUACCUUGAGGUCGAGGUCGCCAAGAUUCAAACUAAGACUAAGAUGUUUAGUAGCUGCAUCUAUGGCAGGGGUGUCCAAACUUUUUCAGGGAGGGCCAGAUGUGAAAGUGCCCAAGGGCCAACAGUCCCUGAUGACAUCAUUUUAAAGAAUAAAAGAUGCAUAUAAAUAUUAUUUAAUACUUUCAUUUCUGUGCAGCAAACAAACAUGAAGUGACCAAAUGUAGAGCAUAAAAGCUCUGAAUUUCUAAGUGAAAUUUAUAACAUACAGAAACUGUAAAAUACUGCUGUGUAAUUCUGAUAACAGAGCAACUGGUAAGCUACUGACACUAAUGUGAAGGGCACACAGGGCAGGUCUGGUGCGGUGGAGCGUCAUCAGUGUCAAACAGCAACAUGCCCUUUUCAAUAACGCUAAGCGCUGCAUACCACUUCGUUUGCACACCCGUACUGACGACCAUGACCUCCCACAGAGCUGGGAAGCCUGUGGUGCUAAGUCACUAAGCUGGCAACACUGUAUGCCACCUAUGACCCCCACCCAGACACAUGGCAUGGGCUGUGAUUGGUUAAGCAUUUAAUCUACUUCUUUUUGAGGUCUUGAAGCAGUUGGCAGAUGUCUGUUACACGGCACUGCCUCCAUGAGUUAAAAAGAGGAAUUGCAUGCUGAGUCGUCUUCAUUGCUUGGGCCGGCAGGCCAAAAAUAGCACAUGUAUGGACAAGAUACACGGGCCAUAUAAAAUCCGAGAUGUUUGGCCCGCGGGCCGUACUUUGGACACCCCUGAUCUAUGGUGUGAAUUUGAGCAUCCUUGGUGACAUAGUUGGCGAGUUAUUGUGUUCACAAGAUUUUCAGAAAAUUUUGACCUCUGACCUUCACCCAAAAAUGUAAUUGAGUGAUGUAGGGAUUACUGGCCAUCUUUAGUGCAAAUCUGGUAUAAAUCGAUGGUUUUGCUUUAAUAUUAACAAACAAACAGAUAAACAUACCAAAAACAACAGCCCGGUUCCCCCUCCAGGGGGCAGGGUAAAGUAAAUGCCAGAAUGUGUAUUUUUGUCCUUCUGGAGCCAUUAAUUUAAUAAAAACUUCAUUAACCAUUAAAUUUUCAAAAUUGUUAAAUUUUCCAGUUUGGCCAUCAUUUCCAUAUUAAGAAGCAGCUGUGUGACAGCUGAGCACGAUGCAGGUCAGAGGUUUUACUCUGGACUAUGUUGCUUUCACUGAUUUUGAGUUUCCAGUUUCAUCAUUUGAAUUUCAGAUGAAACACAAAGUGUUUUCUGCACUGCUGCACCCACAACCCUCUCAGCAAAUUAAUUAAAAAACAAAAACAAAACAACAACAAAAUACUUCAGAGUCAUUUCUGAUUUCUUAAAAGGCAAAUCUAACUUCCUUCAUCUGGAAAAAUUAUUUUCUUGCCUUUGUCCUUAGCCAUCUUGAGUUAAAUAAAGGAGUAAAUGUACUUAUUUUGAUGCUUGCAUCCACUUGUGAAUGAUUUCCCUGUAAUGUUCAUUUAUCUGCUGCACCAUAAAGAUGUAAAGAAAAGCUAAGUUUGGACGAGUCUGGAAAGUCCACUUUGUGUUUUAAUUUUUCUAUGCCAGUGUUUUGAGUUAUCGUGUAAUAUUAUAGUACUUUGUAUAUAAUUUUAGUGAUUAUUUGUAUGAAUUUGAUUCCAAAAAGUAUUCAUACCAGUGUUUUCUAUAGCAGCUGGUGUCUCCUUCACUUAUUAAGCCGUAUUCUUUCACAUUCUCGUUAUUUCUUUUAAGUCUGGAUUUUGUUCUGGAUAAUAAAAAAAAUAAUAAAGUAAUAAUAAAGUACUAAAGAGAUACUUGUCUUCUAAAAGUAUCACUCCUGGUUUACAGUUGCCUUUUGAUGAGCAAAUAGCCCUUUUUUAGCUUUAAGAAUAAAAGCCAGUUUAACCCAGAGGUGUGGGACUUGAUACUACUUUUGAACUGUGUGAGACGAGCUGAUGCAGCAUAUGAUUUUGGAGUAAGAAAAAUAUUUUUGGCAUAGAUCCUUGGCAUUCAUUUGUGUAGAAUGUUAACUUUGAGCCAAAAUAUGGUUUUUACAGUACAUCAUCGGUACAUCUGUUUAGAACUACACGGGCUUCUUGUUUUAUAACUUUUUUGUAGUCAUAAGUCUGUACUCACAAAUGCAUUCAUAUUUCCUUUUGCCAAUAAACUGAUUACAGUA